AUGCUGCUCGCAGUGACCCUGGCCGCCGCGCUGGUGCCACUGCCGUCCACGACUGUGCCGCUGCAGACGUUGGCCGCUGCAGCACCACCACUCUUGCGCUGCACGCUCCCGGAGAUGGCUGCAAAGCUCCCGAGACGCAUGGCCACUCGGCUCCCGAGACGGAUCGUCUUCAGGCCGCGCCGGCUUGCGCCGCACGAGCUGGCGCUCGCGGUGCUCCUCGAUGUCGAGCUGACCAACGCGAUCGUGGCGCGUGCGCGGAAGCAGAAGAGCCUCGGCCAGGCGGAGCACUGCAUGGCGGUCUACGUCAACGCGCCGUUGGCGGAGAAGGCUGAGGUGCUGGAGCGGUGGGCGAGGCUCGUGCUCGACAAUGUAGAGGUGGGCGCGAUUGCGGAGGACGCAGCGAGCGCGACGAUCAGCGACAGCGGCUCUGGACUGGUUCAGCUCGUGUUUGACAGGAGCAAGUACCCGAGCCCGCGGGAGGAGGCCGAGGCGGCGCUGGGCAUGGCCGCCAAGCUGCGCAGGCAGCAGGCCAAGGUGGACUCGCUACGGCACCGCAACGAGGGCGCGGCGGCCGCGCUGGCAGGCUGGCAGAAGCGCGUGCGCAUCGCUGCGGCGCGCGGGGAGGCGGAGGCGCUGCGAGCGCUGCGCGUCAAGCUGCUGCGCUCGAGCAAGCAGCUGGGACUCCGCCACGCCAAGAUAGCAGAGUUUGGCCAGAAUGACGAGUGGGAGAACACGCUCGGCAUCUGA